UAAUUUAAUUUCCAAACAAACGAGCACUGAGGCUGAGGCUCUCUACUCUCAUGAUCUCAUCCACCAUCGGCGUCCAGACUCCAGAGAGUAGAGAUAAAUGAACACCGUAUGCAUAUGCAACGCUUCUACCAGCGCCUUCCCUACCCUUCCACUUCUUCCUUCCCUCUUCUUCCGCCCUCACACCGAUCACCUUCAAUCCCUCAAAUCCAACUUCUCAUUUCGACCCAUCUCCUUCAAAUGGCCCAUCAUCACAGCCUGCGCCUCUGCCUCCGAAAUCGACAUGUUCAAGACCAAGCAAGGCGUCUACGCUCCUAAGAAGAAGAAGGUAGUUAUCCUCUGGGACCUCGAUAACAAACCCCCUCGUGGUCCUCCUUACGAGGCCGCCAUGGCGCUCAAGCAGGUAGCCCAGCACUUCGGCGAAGUGGUCGAUGCCUCCGCCUACGCAAACCGCCACGCCUUUAUCCACUUACCCCAAUGGGUUAUGGAGCAGCGCCGCGAGCGUAAACACCUUGAUAUUCUUGAGCGGAAGGGCUUGGUCAAACCCCCAGACACUGACACCUACGUCUGCAAUGUAUGUGGCCGCAAGUGUAAGACCAAUUUGGACCUUAAGAAACACUUCAAGCAGCUCCACGAGCGCGAACGCCAAAAGAAGCUGAAUCGAAUGCGAUCGCUUAAGGGCAAGAAACGACAGCGUUUCAAGGAGCGGUUCAUAGCCGGGAACCACAAGUACAACGAGGCGGCGAGGUCUUUGCUUACUCCCAAGGUUGGGUACGGCUUGGCGUCGGAGCUUAGGCGUGCUGGGAUAUUUGUUAAGACCGUGGAGGAUAAGCCCCAAGCGGCGGAUUGGGCUUUGAAGAGGCAAAUGCAGCAUUCUAUGAGCCGAGGGAUUGACUGGUUGUUUUUGGUCUCGGACGAUUCUGAUUUUUCAGAGAUGUUGAGAAAGGCUAGGGAUGCGAAUUUGGGGACUGUGGUGGUCGGGGAUUGGGAUAGGGCCUUGGGGAGGCAUGCUGAUGUGUGGGUGCCUUGGACUGGGGUUGAGAAUGGGGAGAUUUCAGAGAAGAAUUUGGUUCCCAGGAGUCGGAGAAGCAGUGAGCUUUUUGAUACUGAUGAUAAUGGGUUGUUCUCAGCUGGGGAUUUUGAUCAAGAUUUGGAGAUUGACAGUCGUCUGGAUAAGGUUGUGGAUGAACUUGUGGUAUCGAGUUCUGAAUUUAAUGGUGUGAGAAUUUCAGCAUUUUCUGAAGGGGAAGAGGAAAAUGAUGAUUGGAUUGCAGAGGAAACGGGUGAGGACUAUAUGUUGGGGGAUACCGAUGAUGAUGAAGAUUCAGAAGAUGAAGAUGGGAUUUUUUGAUAUGGAAAUUUGAAGCUACAUUUGGUCAUUUCAAGGAUCACAUUGAACAAAAUCUUUUCUCUUUGGGCCUUAGUAUAUAAUUCAUUAUUCAUUUUCAAGUGUUUUCAACUGUGGCACUACUUUCUACUAAUAGGAUGAACAGUUACGUUUGAAGAGAGUUCAAAAGAUUAUGUAAAUGAAAUAGAAGUAGCUACUCCAAUAACUUAAGGCAUUGAUGUUGAAGAUGACAUUGUCUGUCUUCAGGAUGUACAGUACUUGAUUGUUUGCAAAGUCUAAAGAAUGUUCUUCACCAGUUUGUCUUCCAGAUCAUCUACAUUAAAAGGCUGCAGUUCUAGUCUUCUAGUGCCUGGGGGUGUAUAACUGUGCUUACAUAGAUUCUGGAUAUAAUUUUGCUGUCAAUUCAUACAGAUUGAUUAUUACAGACACUAGACAGAGAAGUUGUAGACUUGAUAUUGCUACCUUAAUAGGAUUUGUCACCUUAGGACUGAGUUCCUAUGAUUAAAGAUAUAUUCAUGUGCAAUUUUCCCC